AUGUCCGGGCUCGCAAAAAGCACUCGAUUUGCAACAAGACUUCUACAUAACAGCAACAUGCCGGCUUUCACUCUCUAUGGCUUCCAUGGCUCUACCAUGACCGACCGUGUUUUUCUCACCCUCGCUGAAGGUGGCUUUACGGAUUUCGAGCUCCAGACCAUCAAUCUUCCAGCCGGACAACAUAAAUCCGAGGAACACAUCAAGCUCAACCCAUGGGCCAAGGUACCCGCUAUAUCCUACCCUAAUGGCUUUACAUUGUACGAAAGUACCGCCAUCUGCAAAUAUCUCGCCACAAAAUACUCUUUCCCGCUACUACCACCUUCAUCCGACAUCGAAGCUAUGGCAUUGUUUGACCAGGCGGCCAGCGUAGAGAAGUCCUACUUCUCGGAGCCCUCUGGAAAAGUCACAUUCGAGAAAUUUGCCAAAGUGAAAUUCUUGGGUCAACCGACUGACGAAGUCGUCGUCUCUAACGCAUUGAAGUCUCUCGGAGUGUUCUUUGAUACACAGGAGCAGUCUUUGAGCCAGAAUGGGUAUCUGUCAGGAAAGGAGUUCAGUCUUAUAGAUAUCUACUAUAUUCCGGUGAUUCAGAGACUGUUUGUGCUUGGGUGUGGGGAUCUGGUUACCAGUCGCAAAGCUUGGAGUGCUUGGUGGGAAAGAUGCACAAAUCGACCGGCGGUACAAGAAUGGUUGGCGACUGGCAAAGCUGCAGCGGCUCAGAUGAAGAAUUAG